AUGGUUCUUCCUAACCGGAGGCUUUUCCUGAUAGUCGCUGUUAUUUCUUUCUGUUCCAACUGGCAAUUCGCUUUCCAGAUAACCUAUGUGAAUACCUCUGUUAAAACAUUCUACGACUUAGCUAACGAGGGUUACAGAACAGGACAUGAUUGUCGCUUUUGCUGGCUACCAGCCGAGUCCUGGUCCUCGGCUUGGAGUACGAUAGUUAGUAGCUUCUACCCUGGUAGUAUUUUAGGAUUUCUAUUGACGCCGGCGUUCACAUCGCAUAUUGGGAUCAAGAGAACUCAAAUAUUGAUGUGUUUAGCUGCAGUUUUAGGAUGUAGCGUUCACUUUUUAGCUCCUCAAAUUUCUGUAUAUAAAAAUGAAGCAGCGGUUUCUCUUGUGUUGAUCAUAGGAAGAUUUUUAGUUGGGAUCCAAGGAGGUUCAUCCUUGUGUUUAUUGCCUUUGUAUGUUAUUGAAGUUUCUCCUGUGGAACAUAGACCAUUCCUGAGCACCUUCCAGCAAGUUUCUCAAGCCGUGGGUACAUUCUUGGGACUUGUUAUAGGUUCCGAAGACAUUUUGCCUUUGGGUGUGAAUAGGUUCAUAUGGUUACAAGCAUUUGCUAUUGCCCCAACGAUACUUUUCCUGUUCGUCCUUCUAAUGACUCCUAAGACACCACACCAAACCUAUAAGAACAAAUGUCCAAAAGAAGAAGUUAUGAAAUCUAUUCAAUACUAUCAUGGCGAUGAUAGCGGUUACGAUUUCGUAAAAAGAGAAUGUACAACGAUAGAAAAACAACAUGAAGCGGAAAACCGACAAGGAUCAACUCGAACCACUAGCUGCUUUGGAUUAUGUAAUAUUCCAUGGGCGACAUGGAAAGGAUUUUUCAUCGGAUCGCUUGCUGCUAUAUCAUAUGGUUUUACAGCAGAUGAUCUUGUUGAUACGUUUUCAUCUCAAAUUUUGAACAAUACCAUAAAAGACGAUGCCAAAGCAGCAGAUUUGAUAUCUGUAGGUUUCGGACUCAUUCUUGUGAUCAGCAGUUUGUUCGGAACUAUAUUGAUUGAUCGGUUCGGUAGAAGGAAACUUCUGCUUUUUGGUUUAGUUGGAACUGCUGUUUCGAAUUCCCUCGCCAUCUUUUUCUCCGAUAAUGCAAUUUUGGUCACAAUUGGCUUUGCCCUAACUAAAGCUUUCAUUGGUCUUGGAGCAGGGGCCCCCGCCUGGUUCCUAACAUCUGAACUGGUUGAAGCAGCCCACGUUUCCCUCUUCCAGUCUUUAUCGACGGGUCUUCUAUUAACAUCGAAUAUGCUUGUCACCUUCUUCUAUCUCCAAUUAGAAAUGAUGAUUGGAAGCUGGAGUGUUUUGGCGCUCGCUUCCGGUCCCGCCUUCUUCUUAGCUGUGCUUCUUUUUGUAUUUUUACCGGAAACCAAAGAUAAAACUGUUGACGAGGUGCAAAUUAUCCUGCGCGAGAAUACAUUCUCGGCUUUCCCUUCUCAAAAACCAAAUGCUCAAAAUCAGAUUUACGGUUCUAUCUGA